CCCACACACACACACGAGCACACCACCACCACCACUACUACCACGACCAGGACGACACACCACCAACACCACCACCGCCGCCGCCGCCAGCUUACAGCUGGCGCUGGUGGAGCAAGGAGGGGUCGGGCCCACGACUCGAGGCCCGGACGGACCCGGGUAAAAGGAUGCAGGCCAAUAGGCCCGGCCACACCACCACCGCCACCACCGCUACCGCGACCACCGCGACCACCUUUACCAGCAAAACCACCACCACGAGGAACGGCGGCAGCAGCAGCAGCGACAGCAGCAGCAGCAACGACGAGGAGUUGGGGCCGAACGAGCUCACGGGAGACUGGGAGGCAGCCGAACCCCGGGACCAGCAGGGCCUCAGCUCGGGGUCGAGCCCCAGCAGGUCGAGGGACCCCGCGCACGCCGGGGCCCCGGGCGGCGACAGGAGACCGCGGCCGCGCGGCCACGCACCACGGCGCUCCACGAGGCCCAGCCGGUACAAGUAUUCCUUGUCAGAGAUCGACUGGAGCGAUGGCAGUUCAGAUGAGAUGUACGAGGGCGAUGGAAUGAUGGAGCAGGUCAACGAUCAGCCUGCAGAUGAGGGCGCUCCCGUUCAAAUAUUUGGCUUGGCAGAGAGAGAAGAUGAUGAUGACGAUGAUGAUGACGACGAUGACGAUAACUUGCCCAUUACAGAAGAUUCGGAAGAUUAUGGGUGUCACUCACUUCUGGAUGAACAAUUCAAGCAAGAGGAGGAUUCAUCAUGUUGGGAUUUAGAGCAGGAUUUGGAAGAUCUUAGGCCGAGCGAGGAAGAUAUUCAGAAGGAGGAGGAAUUGCCUGCGGGAGACAAUGUCACCGACAGUUGCUCUUCACAAAAAAGCGAGGAGACGUGCGAAUCUUCGCCUCCUGACAAAGACGCGGGGGACUGCCCACCGUCCGCCAGCCAGCAGGAAAACAGUGCCGUGGCGUCAGGCGAGCAAGGGGAUUCAUUCGCGAGCGCACGCAUGGACUCGAAGGCGCUUGACGUGGAGGUGAAGCGCGAAGCGUCCGAUUUCAAGCCUAGGGAGGACACGCAGUGUGGAGUGCGGCCCAGCACGGAGGCCCUGGCGCGCUCCGUAGGGAUGCCCCUUAAAAUGCCAAAAAGGAAAAGGGGACGUCCUCCGAAAGCUCUGACCACGAGAACGGAGUGGCAGAUGUACAGGAGGGCUGUGGAGGGGAAGAUGGUGCAUGGAUUUAAUCGUGGGUUGGAGGCAGAAAAAAUCUGUGGCAUCACCAAGAGGACGGGCGAGUUGAUGUUUCUGAUGAAGUGGAAGGGCUGUGCUGAAGCAGACUUGGUCUUGGCAAGAGAAGCUAACUUGAAAUGUCCUCAAGUGGUGAUUGCGUUCUAUGAAAAGAGGCUAACACUUAGAUGAAUAAAACAUUUAGUAAAUUUAGUAAUUGCACCAAUUGGGUUGCUGGUACACUUUUCUGCAAUUUUUUUUUAUUUUCACAUCGAAUGAAUGAGUACGUAGAUUCAAAACAACUUGUCAUAAACCCAUCGCAGGUGUUCUGUCAAAAUGCAUGUGCUCUCCUUACCCCGGUAUUUGCUUGACACGAAUAGUGUCAGUGUAACGAUUUUAACCCCUCGCGAUGGGUUUUGUCUCAACUCGGGGUCACAAUUCACUCAUUAAGAAAUGUUUUAAUUUGUACUUAUCAUUAUGAUCAAUAUCGUCUGCACAGACAACAACGCUCAAAUCAGAAAUUUUUGAAUGCUAAUGCAUCAUCUUUCGAUUCCGUACAUUGCGAUAUGGAAUCAUCUGAAUCGGUCCGUUGUUAUAAGCUCUCUAAAAAACGCGCAUGCAGUUUCUUCAGCCGUAAGGAAACUGUAGUCGGUUGAAAUGUACAUGUGUCAUGGGUACAAACUAGAGGGAGACUUCUCGUUAGAAGCAACACGUUUGUUUUACAAAUAACAAUUUAGAACACGAAGGGGUACAACCCCUUCCACCCGCUACACUAGGGAGUUACGGCCUCUUCACUGGCGUGCCCUAUACACUCGGGACCAAUCUUUAUAGAGUCCUCCGCUAUCGGGGUCUAGGGAGGCUACACUGACCCGACCCAGCCAAGGUCCUCGGGUCCGGCUCCGGCUCCUAGGUCUUCAGGGCAGCUUCUUCAUCUUCGAGUGGACGACAACUCCCGGUCCCGUUCAGGGGUCCGGCUUUUAUAUCCAGUUCCUGGCUCACUCCGCCCCUAGCCACUCCUCCCUUCUGGAACCAUCUAGAGGGGCUUGGAGUGUGACGUUAUCCUGCAUCUCUGGUCACGAGCUAACCUGGUUACCUUGGCCCAACGGCCCGACUCAUCUCCAUCAGCCUCCCUUCCGCCCCCUGUUGACCCGGAUCUAUUACUACAGGCGGCGAGUCGUGACAAUAUCACAGCGCUCAACGAUGCCGCUUCACAUGUAAUAAUCGGACAGUAUAACACUAAAGUGUCUAAAUCUGUAAUUCGAAUGCUCUUCCACAACUUUGGAAAAAAGGUUGGGGAAACCAUUUUCGGCAAUUGCAUAAAUAUUUUAAAUGCGCGCACACCCAGGCGCAUAGUGCUACACUAUCGAUCGUUACACUGUAUGCUUCCGCACGUCGCAAAGUUACUCGCCUGAAAGUUUGAACGAAACUAUGACCGGGGUUGGAACAGAACCGCAACUGUGUGAGCAAACGCUGCUAAAUACUGGAAGUACAUAUUGUGCAUAUUAUUCUUUUCAACAAAAUAGUCUUACAAGUCGUCGAAAGACAGCCGCAAUUGGCCGAAUUACCUCUUGAAAAUUUUGACCGCACGCCGAGACGGAGAAUUGUAGAUUAAAAUACUGCGGAGACAGAAGCAGCGUCGUCUAAAUGUCAACGUCUCGCACUAUGAUUUGUCGCUAUUUAAUUAAAGAUCUUCAAGACCUUGAAUUUUUUUUGUUCUCACGAAUCUUAUGAUGGGUAACCAAGCAAGUGUGCUUCCUUGAGUUAUCAGACAUGUAAUCAUUCAUUUUUAAUCCUCCCCAGUCGAAUUCCGUUCAAUCCAAGCAUCUAUUAACCAUUUCGUAAAUAGUUGCUAAAUACUGUGUACCACAUUAUAUUUGCGGUUUAUUGAUGUUCAUAUUUGUUGUUCAAUUUCAUUGACUUGGUUUGUCAGAUGGGAUCCCAUUUCAUUGAUAUUGUGAUGUAUAUUUACGAGGUAUUCGUAUUUAAAAACGAAAUUUGUACAAAAAAAGAGAGAAACCGCUAAAUAUAAUGGUUGGCACAACGAUGGUUAGUGCGUCAAUGGAAGGGCUUUCGUGAACGUUUUGGUUUGUUGUGAUUUGUGCAAAAUAAGAUGUGUGAAUUAAGAACAUGUUCUGUAUUAUUUAUUGGAGUUUAGAACAAGCCGAAAGGAUGUGUACUACAAUCAUUGUCACUUUUUGUACAUUUGUUUUUAAUACAUGUUUUAAAAAGUUGUA